AUGUGCAUCAGCUUAGAGCACCACCGCUACGUGAGGCCUGGGGUCAAGGGUCGUCUAGAUGAAGCGAGACGUGGGGAGGACUUCUUUGAAGGCGAAGAAGAACUAAUGGCUGCAGCCAUGUCCGUGUCCCAGUCCGAGUACGAGGAACGUAAAUGUCAGAGCGACAGUGAGCAGAAAGGGGCCGAAAGCGUAAGCACGGCUCUCGAUGCACCAUCAGGUCCUGCGAAUCCUGAUAUAUUUGAUAACGAUAACUUCAUGAAGGGGCUACGGUCGGAGAAGCUGUUCGGUGAUACAGAUCUGGACGAUGUGAACCUGAUGGAGAAUCUAACGACAAUGAUUCCGAGUCUGAUGCCGACGACGGAGACAUCAUGGCUGAUAAUGAGUUAG